AUGCUGCGGCUUGUGUACUUCAGGAGUCGUGCUGCUGGGUAUGACCCGUGCAGGAGAUUAUCAAUCUUGUCUCGCGCGUCCUCCACCUCAAGUGAAUAUGAACACUUCUACCGGUACACCUCGGGGCGGUGGAUACACAACGAGGAAGCCCAACUAGCUGCCAGGUACACCAGGUUCAACGUUGACGCUCUCAAGAGCAUCGCUGUCUCUGCUGGGCAUGCGGACUCUGUUACGCGUAUCGUCAAACUGGCAGAAGGGGCAUACAACAAGGUCUUCCUGCUAACACUCGACAACUCAAGAGAGAUCAUUGCGCGCAUCAAAACGCCGCAUGCGGGCCCAGCGCAUCUCGUGACCGCGAGCGAGGUCGCGACGAUGGAUUUCGUCCGCAGUCAUCUAGGUGUACCUGUGCCGGCUGUUCUCUCAUGGUCAUCCCAUAGCGAGCAGACUCCCGUGAAAGCGGAGUAUAUAAUCAUGGAGAAAGCCCCGGGCAUUGAGGUCUCCACCGUCUGGGACAAGCUUUCGAGGAGGCAACAGAGGGAGCUGGUGAUCAACUGGUUGGAGAUCGAGAAGCGCCUCAUGGCUCCCAUAUCCGGAGGGUAUGGCAGCUUAUAUUACAGAGCCGACGUGGAGCCAUCUCAAUACCUAAGUCUGUAUCCCAACGACGAGUAUCAGUCCGAUUUUGUGGUGGGGCCUUCUGUCGAGAGGCAUUUCUGGUCCGACGAACGGUCAAGCAUGGACGUCGAUCGUGGUCCUUGGGAGGACCCCUUGUCAUACGUGCUCGCCGUGGCGAACUGCGAACGGCGCUGGAUAGAAAAGCACGCCGUCCCCGCCCAGGAAUCCGGCCUCUUCGACAUGCCAGUGCACCUCCGCCAGCCGCGCGCCCACCUAUCCCUCUUGGACCGCUACUUCGCCGUCGCCCCGUAUCUGGUACCCCAGGACCCUUCGCUGCUAAGGCCGCUCCUCUGGCACAAUGACGCGCGCUUUGCGAACGUGUUCGUGUCAGAGGACGUGUUGGCUCGCGGGGAGGUGCAGAUCACGAGCGUGAUAGACUGGCAGCAUACGGCGCUCCUUCCUCUAUACCUGCAAGCGUACGUACCCAAAAUGUUCCGGUACCACGGCACCACGGUCCUGCCUGCUGGGGACCAAUUGCUCUCUUUGCCGGAGAACCUCAAUACUUUAGAUGAGGAGGACCAAGCCACCGUCAAGGCGGAUGUGUACCGCGGCAAUCUGCAUAAACUGUACGAAAUCUACUGUGCGAGGAUCAACCCCGAGUAUCAUAAAGCGCUCACCCUGGCGACACGAGAGUUGAUUCACUACCCCGUCAAGUUCUCCGCGAAAGUGUGGUCCAGCACGUUCAUGCUCCUGCGCGAGUUCCUCAUGCGCAUAACCGCGCACUGGGACGCCAUCGCCCCUGGCGCAAGCGUGCCCUGCCCCAUCAGCUUCACCGAGGAGGAGAGGCAGGCGCACCUGGAGGAGCGCGAGGACUGGCAGCGCGCGCAGGACGGCAAAGACGGGCUGGAUCGGAUUCUGGGGGUGGACGCCGACGGAUGGGUGACCGAGGAGGGGUAUGAGGAGGCGGUGAGGAGGAAUUGGGAGCUGCAGGAGGGAUAUGUGCGCAUGGGCGCGGAGGAUCCGGAGAGGGUGUUGCGGAAUUGGCCGUAUCGGCCGAGAUGA